UCCCACCUCAUGACGGUCCCUCUCCCAUCUUACCCUUAAGUGUCCGCAUCUAGAAUUUACUUAAAAUUGGGACAUCUGUUCUUGCUUACCAGGAAAAAAAAAACCACUUCCUGGGAGCCUGAACUUCUUUGCGCUCAGUUAAACAUCAAUCCCUUAAAAAUGGGUUCCUUUCAAACACCAAGUGGAACAAAAUGUCCUGUUUUGCUGGAGACCUCCUGUGGGUAUUUGCUCCAAGAACUGCAGAUGAUAUGGGAUGAAGUUGGAGAAGAUCAAUUUGAAAGGGAAAAGGUUCUUCUGGACAUAGAACAGGAGUGUCUGGAGGUUUAUAGAAAGAAAGUUGACAAUGCAAACAUAUCAAGAGCUCGACUACACCAGGAACUGGCAGAUGCUCAAGCUGAGUUUACCCAUCUGCUUCUGUCACUUGGUGAACGUUCCCUCCCUCUACGGCCAGAGAAAAUGACUGGAACAUUGAAGGAACAGCUAAAUUCAAUUACUCCUGCUCUCAAGGAGAUGCAGUUGAGAAAAGAAGAGAGGGUGAAGCAAUUCCGUGCUGUACAAUCACAAAUUCAGAAGAUUUCAGGAGAAAUAGCAGGUCGAUCAGAGUACAAUGACACAUCAUCGAGCAUUGUAGUAAAUGAAAGUGAUCUUUCACUAAAAAGACUUGAAGAGUACCAAAAUGAGCUUCAGAGACUUCACAAUGAGAAGAGCGACAGACUUCAAAGGGUAGAAAAAUAUAUGAGUACAAUUCAGAACUUGUCAGCCACUCUGGGAAUGGAUUCCUCCAUGAUUAUCACAAAGGUUCAUCCGAGCUUGAACGCAUUGUCUGGUCUGUCGAAGAAUAUAGGUGAUUUCAUUUUGGCAAAACUAGACAGUACUGUGGAGUCACUUGAAGCUGAAAAGCAAAAGCGACACGAAAAGCUUCAAGUCCUCGGUAAAGCAUUAAUAAACGUAUGGAAUCUCAUGGACACUCACUAUCAAGAUCGUGAACGUUUCUCUCAUGUCACCAGUUUAUCGUCAGUUUCAUCAUCUGACAUAUAUACACCUGGAAGCCUCACUCUCGACAUAAUCCAGCAGGCCGAGGUUGAAGUCAAUAGACUGGACCAAUUGAAAGCAAGCAAGAUGAAAGAGCUUUUUCUCAAAAAACAACUUGAGCUUGAGGAGAUAUGCAAUCAAUCACAUAUGGAAAUCCCUUCAAGAUCAGAGAUGGAGAAUAUAAUGAACCUGAUAAACUCCGGGGAGAUUGACCAUGCUGAUCUCUUGAUGAGCAUGGAUGAACAGAUAGCUAGAGCAGAAGAAGAAGCUGCCAGCAGGAAGCCUAUAAUGGAGAAAGUAGAAAAAUGGAUAUUAGCAUGUGACGAGGAGCGCUGGUUGGAAGAGUAUAGCAGGGAUGAGAAUCGGUAUUCAGUCAGCAGAGGUGCUCACAGGAAUCUGAAAAGAGCAGAACGUGCUAGAGUGUUGGUUAACAAGAUACCAGCUCUGGUAGAUUUGCUGAUAGAAAAGACAAAGACCUGGGAAGAAGAAAGAAAGAAUACUUUCUUAUAUGAUGAGGUUCCCCUACUGGCAAUGUUAGAAGAGUACAAUACGCUGAGGAAGGAAAAAGAAGAGGAGAAACAGAGACAAAGGGAAAAGAAGAAGGUACAAAGCCAAGUAGUGGUUGAGCAAGGAAAUCCUUUUGGGACAAGGCCAAGCACUAGCAGUCGGCGUCUCUCAGAUAGAAGUGUAAAUGGAGGUUUUGGAAAUACUAGCCCUCUUAAUAGAAGGCUCUCAUUUGGCAUACAACAGCCAGGCCAGGGUCCGAAUAGCUUAACUUCCCCAAUUCAUGGCAUACCUUUCAGCAGAGAAGGAAAGAAAGCACAUGGACAAAGAACUUUCGCUCGAACUAGCUUUGCUUCCCAUCUCAGAGAAGAGACAGCUUCAGUUGUCUCAUCGUUUUCUGGACCCAAGUCACCUUAGAUUUCGAGUGAGAUGUAUGAUAGCAGAAGAAAUUGAUUUGGAUAUGUUGAUUAGAUUCGAGUGAGAUGUAUGAUAGCAGAAGAAAUUGAUUUGGAUAUGUUGAUUAGAGGUGCAUAACAUGAAAACAUGUAGGCUGUGUUAAAAGGAAAUAAUGCAUGUUUUCUCAUACGCAAACAUAUUUAUAGCUUGCCUGAAGACUCCAAUCCAGAGAAUGAUCAAAAUUGAAGCAUGAUUAAGCUUAUGCAUGGCCUUUGUACGUAU